AUGAAUUUCAACAACGUGAAGAUCCCAAAGGUUCCUGGUAGUGGAAUCGCUGCUUUGCUUAAAGUUAGCAUUAUUGGUGGACUCGCUGUAUAUGGGGCUACAAACACCUUGUAUAAUGUUGAGGGUGGUCAUCGAGCUAUUGUCUUUAACCGUCUUGUUGGUGUCAAAGAUAAGGUCUAUCCUGAAGGAACACAUAUUAUGAUCCCGUGGUUUGAGAGGCCUGUGAUCUAUGAUGUUCGUGCACGACCUCACUUAGUGGAGAGCACUUCAGGAAGUCGGGAUCUUCAAAUGGUGAAAAUUGGACUUAGGGUUCUUACUCGUCCUGUGCCAGACCAAUUACCAACAGUUUAUCGAACUCUGGGCGAGAAUUAUAAUGAAAGGGUCUUGCCUUCUAUUAUACAUGAAACUCUCAAAUCUGUGGUUGCACAGUACAAUGCCAGCCAGCUCAUUACUCAGAGAGAGGCUGUUAGUCGUGAAAUAAGGAAGAUACUGACUGAAAGGGCCUCCCAAUUCAACAUUGCAUUGGAUGAUGUGUCAAUCACAAGUUUGACGUUUGGGAGGGAAUUCACAGCUGCAAUUGAAGCCAAGCAGGUUGCUGCUCAAGAAGCCGAGAGAGCUAAAUUUGUUGUAGAAAAAGCUGAACAAGACAAAAGAAGUGCUGUUAUUAGAGCACAGGGAGAAGCCAAGAGUGCUCAAUUGAUUGGUCAAGCUAUUUCCAACAACCCUGCAUUUAUAACCUUAAGGAAAAUUGAAGCUGCUAGGGAAAUUGCCCAAACAAUUUCGAAUUCUGCCAACAAGGUUUUCUUGAAUUCAGAUGAUCUCUUGCUGAAUCUUCAGGAUUUAAAUUUGGAGCCCAGUGGGAAGAAAUAG